GGGCGCCGCAGGCCAUAGAGACCCAGGAGCUGGUCACGGCGGAGAGCGGGAGCAGACAAGGGCCAGAGCCCCUCCAGCCGGCUUUCCUGAGGACCCAGGGACCCCCAGAGCGACCCAGCAUCUCCGGAAACCCCCGCCCUCGUUGCUGCCGGGGCCCCCGAAAGCAUCUGAGAGAGAGCCCCAGACCCCAGCGCCUGCAGGAUGGCCGAGGGCAAGGUCCAGGAGGCAUCCACACUGACCUUCCCAGGCGCCAGGGAAGCCGCGCUGAGCCCGCCGCUGCCCCCCGCCCAGGAUGAGCUGCCCUUGCCCCCUCCCAAGGAGGCCUUCUCCAAGUUCUACCAGCAGCGGCAGGCCAACGAGCUCCGGAGGCUCUACCGCCACAUCCACCCCGAGCUGCGCAAGAAUCUGGAGGAAGCCGUGGCCGAGGACCUGGCCGAGGUCCUGGGGGCCGAGGAGCCCACGGAAGGGGACGUCCAGUCCAUGCGCUGGAUCUUCGAGAACUGGAGUCUGGACGCCAUCGGGGACCACCAGGCCCCCCAGAGGCUGGCGGACGGCGAGGCGGUCCCCGGAGGCGAUGUGCGGGCCACGUCCAGGAAGUUCGAGGACGGCUCCUUCGGCGGCUCAGACCAGGCGCCCGCCAAGCCCGAGCCCAUCCAUGGGGACGUCCGGACGGUCCGGUGGCUGUUCGAGACCCAGCCGAUGGACGCGCUGACCAGUCAGACGGAUAUCCAGAAAGCCGUGCUCCGCGAGCCCCUGCCCGGCGGGGACGUGCGAGGUACCAGGACCCUCUUCGAAACCAGGCCGCUGGACAGCCUGGGCCGGGCAGCCUCUGCCCAGGAGCAAAGUCCCCUGCAGCUGCGCUCCGAGAUCCAGGAGCUGAAGGGGGACGUGAAGACCACGGUGAAGCUCUUCCAGACGGAGCCCCUGUGCGCCAUCCGGGACGCCGAGGGCGGCAUCCACGAGGUCCGGGCGGCCUGCCGGGAAGAGAUCCAGAGCACCGCGGUGAGGACGGCCCGCUGGCUGUUUGAGACCAAGCCGCUGGACGCCAUCAAUCGGGACCCGAGUCAGGUGCGGGUGAUCAGGGGGAUCUCCCUGGAGGAGGCGGCCCGGCCGGACAUCAGCAACACGCGCUGGCUCUUCGAGACGCAGCCGCUCGACGCCAUCCGAGAGGUGACCAUCGACGAGAAGGACUUCCAGCCUUCCCCGGACCUCGUCCCCCCCGGCCCUGAUGUCCAACAACAGCGAAUGCUGUUUGAGACGCGGGCCCUGGACACAUUGAAGGGCGAGGACGCGCCCCAAGGGGACGCGGCCGCCAAGGAGGCCGUGGUGGGAGGGGACGUCCGAUCCACGCUGUGGCUGUUUGAGACGCGGGCCCUGGAGACUCCCAGUCGGGAGGUCCAGGUGGGGCGCCUGCAGCAAGUCAGGCAGCCGGAGGGCGACGGGAGGGACGCGGAGGGCGCCUCCAAAUCGGCCCCCGGCCAGCCCCCCGCCGGGGACGGGGAGGCAAAGGGGGACGUGAAGGCUUUCAAGAAGCUGUUUGAGACUCUCCCUCUGGACAGCAUCGGGCAGGAGAAGCCGGCCGGCCCGGCGGAGGAGAGGAAGCCCAGGGAGGGCGCGGCUGCCGGCCAGGUGCAAGCCGGCCAGGUACAAGCCAGCCAGGCCCUGUUUGAAAAAUGGCCACUCUACGCCAUCCAGGAUGGCCACGGGGGCCUCCACGCUCUGACCUCGGUCAGCAGGGAACAGGUGGUCGGGGGCGACGUUCAGGGCUCCAGGUGGAUGUUUGAGACGCAGCCCCUGGACCGGCUGGGCCAGAGUCCCGAGAGGGUGGACGUCAUCCGGGGGGUCACCCGUCAGGAGGUCGUGGCCGGGGACGUCAGCAGCGCCCGCUGGCUGUUUGAGACACAGCCCCUGGAGGUCAUCCACCGGCAGCAGCAGGAGAAAGAGGGCAAAGAGGAGGAGCCCCCGGCGGCGGCGCCCCCCAAGCAUAGCGUGCAGACCAUCCGCUGGCUUUUCGAGACACAUCCCAUCCACGCUCUGGCCAGGGACUCGGGGUCGGAGGUCCCGGGCGCCGGGCCCCAGUCCGACGUCCGAUCCUACACGUGGAUGUUUGAGAGCCAGCCCCGGGAGGGGCCCGGGGGGCCGGGGGAGCAGCACCUGCAGGUCAGACAGGCCUCCCUGCCCAGCACAGACCAACAGAUAGAGGCGCACGUCUUUGAAACGGAGCCCCCGCUCCCCGCUCACGCUCUCGGGGGCAAGGACCCCGUCCAUUACUGCAGCCGCGUGGAGAUUCCCAUCGGGCAGGUCUCCCGAAGGAAGGAGGCCUUCGAGGGCCCGCUCGGGGCCGGAGGCCGGAGGGAGGAGCCCGCGGCCGCGGCCGUGCCUGCGCAGGGCGGCUCGGUGCGCAAGUUCACGUGGCUCUUUGAGAACUGCCCCAUGGACCACUUACAGGCAGAGGCCGGGGGCAUCCGGGAGAUGCCCCCGGAGAAGGGCGCCCCGGCCGCCGCCGCCGCGGGAAAGAGGUUUGUCUUCGAGACCGGCUGCCUGGGGGAGCUCCCGGACGACGUGGACGAGUCGGAGCUGCUGAGAAUCGAGAAGAAGGCCGCGGACGGGGGCCCCGGCUCCCCCCAGACCCUCCGCUUCGAGAGCCAGCCGCUGUACGUGCUGCCGGACCGCCAGGGCCGGCUCCACGAGGUCACGGCCGUGAGGAAGGAAGAGGUGCAGCAGGCGGACUCCCGGGGCGCCCGCUGGAUCUUCGAGACCCGGCCGCUGGCCCACGGUCCGGGAGGCGGGGAGGAGGUCUUCGUGCUCCGGGCCGUGACCCAGGAGGACAUCCGCCAGGGGGAGCGCAGGGCCGCCCGCUGGAAGUUCGAGACGGAGCCGCUGGAGCCCGCCAGGCCGGGCCCCCCGGAGGCCGCGGGACGGCCGGCGGCCGGCUACGUGCGCACCGUGAGCGUGAGUGACGUGCAGCAGGGGAGCGUCCGCACCUCCACCUGGCUCUUUGAGAACCGGCCCCUGGACUCCCUGAAGGGCGGAGCCGAGCCGGCCCCCGAGCCGGCCCCGGCCGUGCAGAGGCAGGACAGCCGCCGGGGGGACGUGAAGCGCUGCACGUGGCUCUUUGAGACGCAGCCCCUGGACCGGCUGCGGGAGCCCGCGGCCCCGGAGGAGGCGCCCCCCGAGGAGCUGCCCCGAGCGGACGUGAAGAGCACCACGUGGCUCUUUGAGAGCACGCCCCUGGACCGGCUCCGCGACCCUGAGCCCCAAGAGGGGCGCCCCCGGGAGCAGGUGCCCGCGGCGGACGUGAAGGGCACCACCCGCCUGUUCGAGAGCAAGCCCCUGGGCCACGCGGACGCCCACAAGGCCGGAGGCCCGGAGGAGAGGGAGGCGGCGGCCGGGGAGACCCUGCGCAAGCUGCACAGCGGCCCCGGCGUCCUGCAGGGAGCGGGCAUCCUCAUCGAAGCGCACACGGCGCGGACGGUGCGCAUGGCCAAGUACCAGCUGCCCGGCCCUGGCCAGGAGCCGCCUCGGGUGCAAAAGGAGGAGCUGGUCCUGGGGGAGCUUCCCAGGAUCCUCCGCCGGGUCACGCAGGGCCCAGACAUGGACCCUCAGGGGCUGCUGGUGCGGGAGGACGAGGCCGGCCGCAUGAAGCCCGAGCCGCUGCCGCUCUCCGCCCUGGCUGACGGCGGGCACGAGGUCUGGGACCUGCUGGCCUGGAGCUGGGCCCCCUCCGGAACCAGAACCGGGCUGGUGAUCCAAGAGACCGAGGGGGGCCUGGUGAAGCUGCUGGUCUACUCGCUCCGGCUCCCGCCCGGGGCCCCAGAGAGGGGCAGCGUCCAGCUGUUAGCCAGCUGCAUCGAGAAGGGGGAUCUGAGCUCCCUCAAGAGCCUGCAGUGGGAGCCGCCCACCGAGAGCCCCGGUCCCGCCGAGGGCACGAGCCCCCCAUGCCAAACCCCGACGGCGGCUUCGGAGAAGAAGGUCAUCCACGUGGCCUUGCCAGACGGGGGUACAGGGGCCCAUCUUCCGAGCAAGGAGGCGUGGGCGGCCCCGGGGGAGCCUGGGGGGCCGCAGAAGCCCCCCGUGACUGCCGGAGACCCACGGGCCGCCCCAUCCGGGGCCGUGCCGGGCCCCGACCUCCAGGUGGCCAUGCAGAACCUGCGGCAGGCCACGGCCGAGGCCCAGAGCCUCCAGCACCAAAUGCAGGGCAAGCACAAGCCGAAGGCCGUGCCCCCGACCCGGGAGCCCCUCCGCGAUGGGAGGCCGCCAGAGCCAGCCCCACCGGGCAGCCCGGCCCCCGGGAUCUCCAGGGCGUCGAUGCCCAGCGUCCUAGUGACCCCCGGGGUCCGCAGCAAGCUGCUGUGAUUGGUGCCCAGCUCCCACCUCCAGCUGGCCCUGAAGACGACGCUCUUUCCUGUGCCAUGGCCCCCCAGAAGCCCUGCGCUCAUCUCCCCG